GUUCAAACGGUUGUAUUGCUGAACAUUUUACAACAAUGAAACUUUUAAUUCUAGUAUUUUUAGUACAAGUUCUUAGUUUAGUACAAAGUUCUGUGAUACCUAAUUCAACAAAUAAAACAGAUGUUGAAAAUUUACCAGGAGUGAAUGGAGAUAAAUUUUAUUAUUUCGGUUAUGGCAGCAAUAUGUUAGCGAAGCGUAUACACAUACAAAAUCCCACAGCAGUUAAAAUUGGAGCGGGAAUUUUGAAGAAUUACAGAUUGGAUUUCAAUGUCUAUUCAUCCAGGUGGCAGGGUUCCGCAGCCACCGUGGUAGAACAUUCAAAUCGCACUGUUCAAGGCACUUUGUGGGAAAUAGAUGUAUCAAAUUUGGAUGACAUAGACAAUCAAGAAGGUGUCCAUCUAGGCAUUUACAAAGCCUUAAGUGUGCCUGUUCUUCAACUAAGCAACAACAAAACUAUAACUGCUCGUGUUUAUCUAUUGGUUAAACAACCUGUCACUGACCUGGAAGAAUUGGAGCGUGAUUCUAUACCAUUUGAUAGACAGCCCUCGAAAACAUAUCUGCAGUGUUUGGUUAAAGGUGCCAUAGAGUCGGGUAUUGAGCAGCCCUACAUCGAUUGGUUAAAGUCCAUUAAACAUAAUGGCAAUGUAGAGCCGAAUAUGGAAAAUGUUUUGGAAUUGAAGAAUGUAGAAUUAGAUUCUUAAGAGAAGUAAUUUAAUAAAAUGCUAAGUUUCAUUUUCGAAAACAA